AUGAGCAGGUUCAUCAUCUUCUGUGUGCUACAUAGCUUAGCUCUGGCAGGCACUGGGGCACCUGCAGGAAAUGAAUGCCAGUGUGAGGAUGGCUCCGCUGCUCCAGCUGGGAAGCUCUGCGUUUUUGCCAACCAGUGUGGAGACAGCAGUGGGGAGAGACAAGGUUCCUCCUGUGACAAGUGUGACUUUGAAACGGAUCUGUGCAAAGCUCUUCACGACCUGAGUUCACAGCCUGGGUGGAUAAGAAGAAAUGGUCUCUCUGGCAGAAGACCACCAUACUUUGACCACAGUGGGAACCAUAGUGCUUAUUUCCUCACAUUGUCCUCUGAAAUGCAAUCAUCUGCUGCAACUUUAAGGACCAAUGUUUUUCUUCCAGCUGCUGAAGACCAUGUCUGCCAGAUUACAUUUCAUUAUUGGAUCAGUCAAAUGAGUGGAACGUUGAUGGUGGGGGUUAAAAAGCACUCUGAAAAUGCUCUUACAAACCUCUGGCAAGAUUCAGGAGAGCUGCAAAAUGAGUGGAAAGCAAAGACCAUCACAAUCAAUAGCACUGAAAAGUAUGAGGUUAUCUUUUGGGGGAUGGUGGAGACCCAGAGACAAGAUGCAGCUGUUGCCAUUGAUGACAUAAUUUUCAGUGAAGGAUGUUCUCUGGUGUCUGCACCACAGACUUCCAGCUUUGAGCUUGGUUUGUGCCAGUGGCAUUUGGAUCAGCCAGCAGAGGCUGUGGCGGGGGUACGACUGCACGCUGUUCAUAGGACCUCCUCCUGCUCCUUCCUGAGAGACUGGAGCAAUGGCACUGAAGGGCACUUUCCAUGGUUAGAAGCUACUGGCACCGCACUGCAUGGCAGUGCUUGCUUUGACAGCUCCAUGUGUCAUCGCUGUGGUGAGACUGAGACUUGCCAGCUGCAGUUUCGUUCCUCCAUGGCAGGCAGCAGUGUUCUCCAGGUGCUACUGGUGACAAAGCAGGAGGAACGUGUCUUGUGGGAAGCCAACAGCAUGACUAAGAAUCAGUGGGUCAGAGUGGAUGUGCAGCUGCCAGCAGGACUGAAGAAUGUAAAGCUUAUGCUUAAAGGAACGUUCAGGAGGAGGACAGGUUUCAUCUGUCUCAAUGGCAUCCAGCUCUUGGACCCCACACUGUCAGAGCCACCAGGAUUUAGGUCCUCAGAAGAGUUCACCUGUGCUAAUGGGCAGCCCACAGAGCCUGGACCAGCAUGUGCCCCCCACCCAGACGGUUCUGAUGGCAGUGAUGAGCAUCCAACAGUCUGCUCUAAUUACACUGUAUGUCAUUUUGAGACUGAUCUCUGUGGGUGGAAGCCACUGAGCAUAAGCGAUGCUGACUGGAACAUAACGAGAGAGCAAGAUCCCCGUAAGAAAAGACUUCCUGAUGCAGGUGGCACAACUGAUGCUGGACAUGGAGCAUUCAUUCUCUUCAGUGGAUCAGCUCAUUUGAACACAUCCAUGUCUCAUCUGAGCAGCCCUCUCCUUGUCAGGCUGUGCCCUGGGCUUUGCUGCUGGCAGGUCAGCUUCUGGUCCAGGUUGUCUCAGGAUUCCCAGCUUUCUGUCUUCAAGAGAAACGCAUCGGAUGGAAGUUUGGACAAACUGUGUGACCUUUCAGGACUGCCUGAGAUGCAGUGGAUAAAAGUGAAUGUACCUGUAAAAAGUGCCACUGAGGAUUUACCUUUCCAGAUUAUUUUAAGAGCUACUAUCCUGAAGGCAAAUGCUACUGUUGCUGUUGAUGACAUCAGUAUAGCAGAGGAAUGUGGAGUUGUGAAUAGAGCACUCACAGGUGUCAGCCAAGAGAAUGAAGGAGAAGCAGAACUCAUAGCUGCUGAUUCUUCAUCUUUGUCCUGCCUCCCUUGGUUCUUCUCAUGUGGGAAUGGACAAUGUGUUCCACCUGAUAAGCUCUGUGAUUUUACUCCUGACUGCUCCAACAGCCAGGAUGAAGCCAAGUGCUCUGCUGUGUGUGAUUUUGAGAGAGACAGCUGUGGCUGGACUGAAACUGCAAGUGGAGAUGGAUUUGACUGGGUGAGAAGCUCCAGCAGUGCUCUUGCAGCUGAUUUUCAAAUGCAGGCUCCUCCACAGGAUCACACCUCCAAUAAAACUGAAGGCCAUUUUAUGUUCAUUCUGAAAACCAGCAGCAGCAUUUCACAGGUAGCUCAGCUACGAAGUCCAAAGUUCAGGCAAAGUGGAUCAAACUGCACAUUGUCCUUUUGGUAUUACAAUUACGGGCAGUCAGUCGGGGCAGCAGAGCUGCAGCUGCUCGUGGAUGGGCUGAAGCAGCCUACUGCCCUUUGGAGGACAUACUACAGCGAGGGAGAUCAGUGGCUGAAGGCAGUGGUCCAGCUCGGACGCUUGCCACAGGCUUUCCAGCUCUCCCUGGAGAAGAUCAGCCUGGGUGUGUACAACGGCGUCUCGGCAGUCGACGACAUCCGCUUUGACGACUGUGCUCUUCCAGCUCCAGCAGCAGCCUGUGAAGGCCCCACUCGAUUCUGGUGCAGGGACACCAAAGCUUGUAUUGACAGUUUGCUGGUCUGUGACCUCGUGGAUGACUGUGGGGAUGGAUCGGAUGAAGGCAGCUGCAACCCUGACCUCCAGUGUGAUUUUGAAAAUGGGCUGUGCAACUGGGAGCAGGAUGGCGAGGCUGACCUGGACUGGAUCAGAAUACAGGGUCCAACCCCCACAGUUAAUACAGGCCCCUUAAAGGAUCACACAACAGGCACAGCCUCAGGACACUAUGUCUACAUGGAGUCUUCUCAGCCAUACCAGUUCCAGGAUCAGGCAGUUUUGCUCAGUCCUCUCUUCAACCCUUCUGACAACAGAAGCUGCAUUUUCCGCUUCCAUUACCACAUGUUUGGAAAGCAAGUUUACAAACUCUCAGUCUUCCAGAGAUCUGUGAGCAACACCAAAGGACAGCUGCUGUGGCAAAAGUUUGGGAAUCAGGGAAACAGAUGGAUCAGACAGACACUCUCCAUCAGCAGCUCUUACCCAUUUCAGAUCUUGGUGAAAGGUACUGUAGGAGAUGGUUUCACUGGAGACAUUGGACUUGAUGACCUUUCUUUUCUAGGCUGCACUCUUUACCGAGGAGACUUGCCAACCAUCUCUACAGUGGCCCCAGGAACAUCUGCUCCUGCCACACUCCCCACCAACAACUGCACAGAGCAGGAGUUUGUCUGCAGAGCCUCUGGCCGUUGCAUCCCGGUGAUCCAGAAGUGUGACUUUAGACCUGACUGCCCUGACCGCUCUGAUGAAUCAGCUUGUGCUAUGGAAGUCUGCAACUUUGAAGACAAAACCCUGUGUGGAUUGUACCAACCUGCCUUGGAACAGACAUCAGUGCCUGAAUCCAUCCGUACCCUGAACACCUUCAAGUGGGAGCUUGGAAGAGGGGCAGAUCUCUACCCAGGGCAGAUAAAGCACCGUCCCUUGACUGAUCAUACUCUGUGUGCCAAGGAAGGUUGGUACCUGUUUGCAGACAGCUCCAAUGGAGAAUUCGGGCAGACAGCUGACAUUGCUACCCCACUCAUCUCCCUGACUGGGCCCAGGUGCAAAAUCCUGUUCUGGAACCACAUGACAGGCCCGACAAUAGGUUCUCUGGAGGUACUUUACAAAACUGGGAACAGGACUUCAAAACUGUGGACUCAGAGCGGCAGCCAAGGUCCCCAGUGGAACAGAGCAGAGGUCUUCUUAGGCAUUCGUUCACAUUUCCAGGUUGUUUUCAGGGCAAAACGUGGUGUCAGCUACGUGGGAGACGUGGCAGUGGACGACAUCACAUUUGAAGACUGCGCCCCCUUGCUCAUCCCGGACAGACCUUGCACAUCAGAAGAGUUCACAUGUGCCAACAAGUACUGCAUCCCAAAGGAUCAGCUGUGUGAUUUUGUAAAUGACUGUGCAGAUAACUCAGAUGAGAGCCCCACUCUCUGCAGUACAUCUCUUGGUCAUUGCAGCUUUGAGUUUGACUUUUGUGGAUGGAAGAAAGAUGAAAAAUAUUAUUUUGGCUGGAACCUCAGAACUAGCAGUACUAUGAAGACAGGCACUGCACCAGCUACUGAUCAUACACUGCAAGAGCCAUCUGGUCAUUAUAUUUUUAUAAAGAGUUCAUUUUUCCAGCUGCCAGGAGAGAAAGCCAGGAUCUCCAGUCCUGUCCUAAGCAGGAGGAAUAAAAACUGCAAGAUACUUUUCUAUUACCAUAUGUAUGGAGCUCACAUUGGAUCAUUGAUUGUCUACCAGAGGACCACAGCAAAGCAUGAACAAGUUCUCCUGAAUCUUACUGGCAGUCAGGGAAAUUUCUGGCAGCACAAGGCACUGAUCCUGUCUGGAGAUGGAGAGGAAGAUUUCCAAGUUGUCUUUGAAGGGAUAGCUGGAAAAGGUCCCCAAGAUGGCCUAGCACUUGAUGACCUCACAUUUUCCAGGGAGUGUUUGCCAGCCCAGGAUUUUUUGCCAGCAGAACCCACAACGCUGCCUCCAACAGGCUCCUGCUCCCCUGGCUAUCAGCAGUGUCGGAAUGGGAAGUGUUACAGACCGGAGCAAAGCUGUGAUUUUGAAGAUGACUGUGGGGAUAACACAGAUGAGAGUGAAUGUGGAACUGCCUGCACCUUUGAGAAGGGCAGGUGUGGUUGGCAAAAUUCACUGGUGGACAACUUCCACUGGGUGCUAGGGGUCGGCUCACCUCAGAGUCUCAGACCUCCCAGGGACCACACGCUUGGAAACAGAACAGGACAAUUUCUCUAUCUUGAAGCCACUGCAAUAGGACUGAAAAAUGGAAAAGCCCAUGUGAAGAGUUCCAGAUGGAAAGAAUCAAGCAAGAAUUGUGUCAUGAGCUUCUGGUACUUCAAGUCACCAAAAGCCACAGGCUCCAUUCAGGUUCUGAUUAAGACUGAUGAUGGGAUCAUGAAAAUAUGGAGUGAAUCAGGAAAUCAUGGUGAUGAGUGGAGGAAAGCUGAGUUACACCUGGGGAAGCUGAGGAACUUUGAACUUGUCUUUGAGGCCAUCCGCACCAGAAACCUCGGGGGAGGAGCAGCAGUAGAUGACAUAGAGUUCAGCAACUGUACCACAGUUGGAGAGAGCCCCAGGGAAUGCCCUGCCAGCACUGAUUUUCUGUGUGGGGAUGAGACAUGCUUAGAGUCUCGGUUUGUCUGCGACUAUAAACCCGACUGUGAGGACCUCUCAGAUGAAGCUGACUGCAGUUAUUACACAAGCAUUCCUGGAAGCUGCAACUUUGAAACACAAGAUGAAGAGUGGACCUCUGCAUGUGGGUUAACACAAGACUCUACUGACGACUUUGACUGGACUCUCAGCAGUGCUGCUACAGGCCGAGUGGCUCCCGAUACUGACCACACACCAGGUAAAGGACAGCAUUUUCUGUAUGUGAACUCCUCCAGCCAGAGGGAAGGAAACAGAGCAAGGAUAAUUACCACCAACCUCUUCCCAGCCAGCCUUGGGAUCUGUCGGGUUCGGUUCUGGUUCUGGAUGUUUGCUUCUAGGGAAACUGGAGUCUUAAAGGUGUACACCUCUGAAGAGCAUGGGAUGGAUAUUCUUAUGUGGUCUUCUAGCAGAAACGAAGAAAACAAAUGGAUGUAUGCAAAUGUAGUCCUCUCCAGCAACAGCCCUUUCAAAGUGGCCUUUGAGGCUGAAGUGGGGUGCAGUGAGCCCGUGGAAUUUGCUCUUGAUGAUGUAUCUUUCACCCCAGAGUGCACUGAGGGAGGAUUAGCUAAUCCACACCCCCCACUCUGCACCAGGGACCAGUUCACCUGUGCCUAUGUGCAGCAGUGCUUGCCCCUGGCUGCAAAAUGCAAUGGGGCUGAGGACUGUAUGGAUGGCAGUGAUGAAAUGAACUGUCCCAUGGAGAUGCCUACCACUGUGCCUCCGGUCUCCUGCAAGCCUACAGAGUUCCUGUGUCCUUCCAAAGGCUGUAUCCCAUCCCUCCUGAGAUGUGAUGGUGUGCCUGACUGCCAGCUCCUCGAAGAUGAAGUUGGCUGCCCCAUGACAGAGUGUUUUGGUGGAUCUCUGCUGUGUGCAUCGACCAAUCAAUGCAUAUCCCUCUCCCAGCGUUGUGAUGGUGUGGCAGACUGCAUUGAUUUCAGCCUUGAUGAAUCCAGCUGCUCAGUUUGCCCUGAAGAGUACUGCAGGAAUGGAGGAAGAUGCAUCAUUAAAGAAACCAUUCCCUUAUGCCAAUGUAGGAAAGAAUGGAAAGGGAACCGUUGCCACAUCAGUGCUAAGCCUCCUCAGCCUCCAGCUUUAAGCCUCCUUCGAAAUGAUAUUUGGAUUGGGUUGGGGAUCGGUUUCUUGCUGAUUAAAAUUGCAGCUGCCACCUUGUGUUUCCUUUCCAAGAAGAAAGUGCCAGAAAUGAACCUGGAGAAAACAGCUCAUGCUUCCUUUGCCAAUCCAUUGUAUGAAGACCUUGGUUCGUCUGAGAAAGCAAAGUCUCCUGGCCCUGUGACCUCACCCACUGUUCAAAUCAGUGUUUCUCCAUGGCGUGAGUAUCUGUUCAAUGAAGAUGUGAAUGUUACUUCUUUCCCAAAUCCUCUCUAUGGUGAAGCAUCAGAGGACAUCGAGAAACUGUGCAGUGCCUUGAAAGCAGACAGCAAGCAGGAUCCAGAUUUCUCCUAACCCUUUGCCUGAAGAUUUGCUCUAAGCUCUGAAAUCAUAGUACCAUAACCCACACAAAAUGGAUGAUUGUCUCUGCACAGGAUAACUCUUUGGUUAAAAUAACUUUCUGAGCAAAAUGGUUUGAUGUUAAUGAUUGAAUCCAUGCAUAAGUAAAAUAUACAUAUAGA